AUGCGGCGUGCGGCUCUUCAGGCUUUCCGUACUGCUCGUCGUGCACCAGUAUGGAGAGUCUCUGGUAGGAAACCCUGCGCAGUCUCAUUCUCCAGCAGCCGAGCCCAUACCCUUCGGCCUUCUGGGAAUCAUCGCCCCUUCUUCAUCCCUGCCACUCUCCAGUCAUCCAUGCAUUUCCGCAGCUUCUCCAUUGCGUUGAUCUCGACCGCCGUUGCGUCCGGAGCCUGGUACGCCUAUCAGGGCAACAACUCCCAAGGCUCCCCGGCGGCCGCCCUCAACGCCACGUCGUCCUCGCAGCUGCGCACCGUCGCAACCUCGGGUGCGCACACCGACAGCGCCGUCGAGAACACCCGUCGCGCCCUCCUGGUCGAGAACGAUCAGUUCUACACGGCUACUCUGUCUGGGGAACAGCCCCUGUUGAAACAUACCGACGACUCGGACCGUCGGCUGCUCGAGAUGUUGACCCCCGAACAGGCCACCCAGAAGCUCCGCAAGAACGAGGAGUCGUACCUGGUCAACCGCGGCCAGGGUGUCGUCCGCUAUGACAUCGUCCAGGUGCCCAGCAACUCGCCGAUUGAAGAUGACCAUGCCGAGAAGAUUGUGGAGGUGCCCACUUCCGUCGCGGCCGCCUCCGAGGGUCGUGCCAACAGCGACUGGAUGUUCUGGGCCGUGUUUGAUGGACACUCUGGCUGGACCACUUCUGCGAAGCUGCGCAAUGUCUUGAUCUCCUACGUCGCCCGCGAACUGAACACCACCUACAAGGCCGCCGCGACCGAUCCCUCGGCACUCACGCCGACUUCAGAGGCAAUCGAUGCCGCCAUCAAGCAGGGUUUCGUGCGCCUCGACAACGAUAUCGUCUACAACAGCGUUGACAAAGUUUUGAAGUCGAACUCGCGCCGCGCCGCGGCCGAGCUUCUCGCCCCCGCGCUGUCGGGUUCCUGUGCCCUCCUGACUUUCUAUGACUCGCAGUCCAAGGACCUGAAGGUCGCCGUCGCUGGUGAUUCUCGUGCCGUUCUAGGCCGCCGCUCGGCGGGCGGUAAAUGGACCGCUACGGCGCUCUCCGAGGACCAGACCGGCGGCACGCCGUCGGAGAUGAAGCGUCUGCGCGAAGAACACCCGGGCGAACCCAACGUGACCCGCAACGGACGCAUCCUCGGCCAGCUGGAACCUAGUCGGUCAUUUGGCGACGCAUUCUACAAGUGGACCAGAGACACCCAGGACAAAAUCAAGCGCCAGUUCUUCGGACGCACCCCGCACCCGCUCCUCAAGACUCCCCCGUACGUGACCGCCGAGCCGGUCAUCACUACCACCAAGGUCGACCCCAGCCAGGGUGACUUCCUGGUCAUCGCCACCGAUGGUCUCUGGGAAAUGCUGAGCAACGAGGAGGUCGUCGGACUGGUCGGACAGUGGGUUGAGGAGCAGCGUUCCGGCGCCGGUGGUAACCAGACCUGGCUCAAGAGCUGGUUUGGUUUCGAAAACAAGCAGCUCCCCGUUGAAUCCUCCCAGGCAACUGAGACGGACGGCCAGCGGCGUCCCAUCCGCCAGGCGCAGUAUGACAUCGCGGGUGCUGCCAGCCGGUUUGUGGUGGAGGACAACAACGCCGCCACCCAUCUGGUCCGUAACGCCAUGGGCGGCAAGGACAAGGACAUGGUCUGCGCCUUGUUGACUCUUCCCAGUCCUUACUCCCGCCGAUACCGUGACGACGUCACGGUAGAAGUCAUCUUCUUCGGCGACAGCCCCGACAACCGCACCGUCUCCGUCAACCAGGACGCCACUGCAUCCGAAGAGAGCCCCAAGGCAAAGCUUUGAUUGAAGUAUUGAUUUUGCCACAUCCAGAAUAUUCCCAAUAUUGCUUUUGUUGAGUGGGGCAUGGCCCGUUUGUUGUCUUUUCUUCCGUUUCUUUGGUUUGCAUUUACACCCUUUACAUUCUCACGACAUGAUUCUUUCAAGAAAGAUGGCGUUACGUUAUGGAUCUGUGGUCGUCGCUAGACUAGUAUGGUUGAGUUGAGUUUGUCUACAAAGUAAGCUGAUAUCUUGCAUAUGAUUUCCACUACGUUAGAUUGAAUAUGGACUCUAGAGCGUUAUUAUCCAGGUCACUUUUGCAAUAGCGUAUCUUGACUAGCAGUGUACUACUCAUCACCAUAUUUAGGCUACAC